ACGAUGCAAUGCGGCACAGUGAAGGAUUCUCCGGGGAAUGGAGAAAUUAGAAGCGGGAAAAAGUGAGGCUGAUACACGUAAACUUGUGCUUGGUAACUGCUGAUAAGCAAUAUGUUAUGGCCCUUGAUGGUCUGUAAUGCGAGUUUGACAGCUUACCAUGACGACGAUGCAACUCCUUCGAGUCGUGUCCGUCUGCAAUUCAUGCUGUUCCAGAAUCGAAUCGUGCACCAGCCCACAACUGACUUUCCAAACCGCGCUACAUUCUAUCCACCAAAAACCACGCGAUCGUUCACAAAUCUUCAUCCCAGCAACGCCCGAAUUGUGGGACGACGUUUUGGGGAAAGUUUGCCGUGCCGGCGAACAUACGUUCCCAUUGCUAAUACUGCCGAAAUGAAAUUGGGCUGUAGAAGCCAAACUAGCGGGCGGACCAUCGUGAUCCAUGGUUCACGGUCCAUUUCUCCCACUUGUCAUGGAACAGGGCUUACAUGUUUACGCCGCAGGGUAGCGAUCCCGGCAGAUCAGUACCAUAUUGGACCGAACUCUUCAUUUAAGGGGUCGAAAUGGUCUUGCUCGAAAUAGGGACAAGGUUUCCACAUACGGGAGGACAUGGACAGCCUUGUAUGAAAAUUUGUGAGAGGGUUUGGUCGUGUGUCAAAGUGUAAUGGGUGUCACGGUCCCUUGAGCUUCAAGUUUGGCGAAUAGAACAGAUG